GCAUGUUGAGGAAUCCCGUUUCAUAACCUGCUGUAAGCACGUUUCUAUAGCAGCACGUUUGACUGAAAGGUAAAACUACUCACGAGACUGUUAAUGUUACCUGUUUAAGACACACUUUUGUAGUUAUAUUGCGGGUUCAGAGUAUGGACUAUUUAAUUAUACAAUUGUGCUAGUGAAAAGCAAGUUGCUUGUCAGGAAACUAAAUCGUUUUAGUGCGCUUGUUUUGACUUUCAGUUGUGGUGGGUAGCUCCGACGGAUAUAGCAAAGGUCACAAGUUCAAAUGUACGGAGUUGCUCGUGUCCAAACGUAAAUAAAGGACGUUCAUAUGUACACAUAUGGAGACCCAGGUAAACUUUGUAUAGCAAAUAACAGAAAACUUGAUAAAACUACAGAACCAUCGAGUCGGUGUGGAAAAGGAAAGAUGAGUUUGGACCAGGGAGAUUUCUCGCCACUCAAGCACUUUGUGCUGGCCAAGAAGAGGAUCGGCGACGUGUUCGAGCAGCUGCAGUGCUAUGUCCAGGAGACCGCCGAGUUUGUGGAAGAUACGUGUAAGAAUGGCUCUCUGGAGCAGAUCUCCAGCCGAGACCAGCUGGAUCAGAUCCAGGCGUACACCAGUAAGCUCAGCAUCAUCAAGGAGGUGUUGGCCCGCCGACACAUGAAGGUGGCCUUCUUUGGAAGGACGAGUAACGGUAAGAGCUCGGUGAUUAACGCCAUGCUGCGGGACCGUGUGUUGCCCAGUGGCAUCGGCCACACCACCAACUGCUUCCUCAGUGUGGAGGGCACUGAUGAGGACAAGGCCUACCUCAAGACCGAGGGCUCGGAGGAGGAGAAGAGCAUUAAGACGGUGAACCAGCUGGCCCAUGCGCUGCACAUGGACGAGAGCCUGGACGCCGGCUGCCUGGUGCGUGUCUUCUGGCCCAAGACCAAGUGCGCCCUCCUGAGGGACGACCUGGUGCUGGUGGACAGCCCUGGGACUGACGUCACCACACAGCUGGACAGCUGGAUCGACAAGUUCUGCUUGGACGCCGAUGUGUUUGUGCUGGUGGCCAACUCCGAGUCUACUCUCAUGAACACGGAGAAGCAUUUCUUCCAUAAAGUAAAUGAGCGCCUGUCCAAACCCAACAUUUUCAUCCUCAACAACCGCUGGGACGCCUCCGCAUCCGAACCAGAGUACAUGGACGAGGUGCGUAAGCAGCACACAGACAGGUGUGUGAACUUCCUGGUGGAGGAGCUGAAAGUGGUGGAUCGUGAGCAGGCGCCCAACAGGAUCUUUUUCGUGUCGGCCAAGGAGGUGCUGAACUCCCGCAUGCAGAAGGCCCAGGGUAUGCCAGAGACGGGUGGAGCACUUGCUGAGGGCUUCCAGGACCGGCUCAAAGAGUUCCAGUGUUUCGAGAGACGCUUUGAGGAGUGUAUCUCGCAGUCAGCAGUGAAGACUAAGUUUGAGCAGCACACCAUUCGGGCGCGGCAGAUCACCGCCAACGUUAAAGAGGUCAUGGACGCCAUCAAUAUUAACGCCGCCGAGAAGAGAGUGGCGUCCAUGGAGGAUCGUGAGUAUCUGAUGGACAGGCUGGAGUUUGUGAAGAACCAGCUGAAUCUGCUCAUAGAAGAGAUCAAGAAGAGAAUCAAGGCCAUCACAGAGGAGGUGGAACAGAAGGUUUCCAACGCCAUGGCUGAAGAGAUCUGUCGCCUGUCGGUGCUUGUUGAAGAGUUCCACUCAGACUUCCACCCCUCUCCACACGUACUCAAGAUGUACAAAAACGAGCUGCUAACACACAUUGAGGAGGGCAUGGGGAAGAAUCUGGCGUUCCGCUGCACUGAUGCCGUCAACGUCUCCAUGCAGACCUCACAGAAAGACAUGUUCGACCUGAUGCAGCCCCUGCUGCCCCCUGCGGUCCAGUCCCAGAUCCACAUGCUGGUCCCGUGCCGCAAGUUUGACCUGAGCUACGACCUGAACUGCGCCACACUCUGCUCCGACUUCCAGGAGGACAUCGAGUUCAAGUUCUCCCUAGGCUGGACCGCCCUGGUCACCCGCUUCCUGGGCCCAACGCACGCCAAACAUGCACUCAUGCUGGUCGACAAGCAGGUGCAGGUGGCGCGUCCCCUGGCCACUACCCCGUCUGCACCGGCACUGGCUCCCCAGCAGGAGGCGUCGACGAGUCAGGAGGAGCUGAUGCUGAGCAUGGUCAACAACCUGGCCUCAGUCACGUCCCGCACAUCUAUGAGCGUCCUAGUGGUGGGGGGAGUGGUGUGGAGGACGAUAGGAUGGCGCCUGAUAGGUCUCUCUAUGAGCCUGUACGGCCUUCUCUUCCUGUAUGAAAAGCUCACCUGGACGACCAAAGCGAAGGAGCGCACUCUCAAGAGGCAGUUUGUGGACUACGCCACCGAGAAGCUGCAGCUGAUCGUCAGCUUCACCAGUGCCAACUGCAGCCACCAGGUCCAACAGGAGAUGGCCACCACAUUCGCACGUCUUUGCCAGCAGGUGGACCUGACACAGAAGGAGCUGGAGGGGGAGAUCAGCCGCCUCUCGGACAAGAUCCAGCAGCUGGAGACGGUCCAGAACCGCUCCAAGACACUCAGGCAUAAAGCGACAGAGCUGGAGUGUCAGCUAGAGAGCUUCACCUCUCAGUACCUGCAGCCCCAUCAGGCCUAAAGGGGGCAUUGACCCCCCCCCAGACUGACCCUAAGGGACGGCGGGGCACAUAGUUGACCCCCGUGGACUGACCCUUCCGGGUCAGAGGUCACUCGUCUGACUGCUGCCGCUCCAAGGAGCACUUGCCCAGAACUCCCAACUCAAUUUUCCCUCUGGAAGAGUGUGUGUGUGCAAGUGUGUGUCAGGAUUGAAUUUGUGUUAUGAGUGUAUAAAUGCAAGUAAGUAAAGUGUGUGCGUGUGUGCACUAAUGCAAAUGAGUAAAUGGCGUGUGUUUGUGU